AUGGAUUGCUUUAACAAAGCCUUGCUGUCCAAAUGGCUUUGGAAAUAUGCUACGGAGAGAGGGAGCUGGUGGAGACAGCUCAUCGAGAUCAAAUAUAAGGCAAGUAAUUCGCAGUGGCAGAGCAAGCAAUGCAGGAAGGGGUUCAGAAGCUCUGUAUGGGCUAACAUCUCCAGAGAGUAUGGUGAGUUUUGUAAAGUGGCAGGGAUCGAUCCGGGUGGAGGAGCUAGUGUAACGUUUUGGAAUGACUGCUGGGUUCCUCAGACGAUUCUUGCGCAUUCCUUUCCAAGAGUCGCCGUUGCCGCAGCUAGGCCCGAGGCUUGGAUAUCUGAUGUCAUAAACCGAUUAGUUGAGGGUUUAGAUUGGAAAAUUGAUUUUUCUAUAAAUUUGAUGGGAGGGGCUGAGAGGGAAAAAGAGAGAUUUUUCAGUUUCUUGAAUUCUAUUGAUAACUUUAUGGUCGUGUGUGGACUAAGCAGAUUGGUUUGGUCCCCUGAUCCCGACUCGAGUUUUUCAGUUCGUGCCAUGUACAGGUUCUUGACGGAUGGGCGAUUCUCAGGGGUGUCCAGCUUUCCUAGUGAUUCUGUUUGGAGGAACUGCAUCCCUUCGAAGAUUAAUGCUUUCAUGUGGAUGGUGGCUCACAAGCGGAUCUUGACGCUUGACAAUAUUCAGAAGCGGGGCUGUUCUAUUGCUAAUAGAUGUUGCCUGUGUUGUAGGGAAGAAGAGUCGGUUGAUCACUUGUUCGCAAGCUGUGAGUUCGGGAAAGAAGUCUAG